AACCAAUCGCAGCCCUCGUUACAUUCGUGGUUGGGCUGUAUUCCGACUUGCUAUUGUUCAUGUUGUUUGCCAACUAGUGUAAGGUCAGCAGACGGAUGGGCUACCGUAUUUUCCACGUUGACAUUCGUGUAAAUGAAGAGGAAAAAUAAUUGACACGCGUGGAACCCGGUUUCUGAUGGAGACUUGACAUAGAAUUGUCCCUGGACUAAGAUCUUGAAGCUUAUGUGACAUAUAUUAGCCAUAUCGGUAGGAUUGUCGGUGAGCAAGUGUCCCAAAGUGGGUCCAGUCCUGAAGUAAGGGGCGUGGCCAAUAUUCACACUUGCUUACAAGUAGAUUUGAGUUCAAUCAUCAGAAGGCAUUUUUCAAAAAAACUUUAAUAUUGUUAUUCUUGAACACAAGUCAUAGAUCAGCAUCAUGGAUCCCCAAACUCUUCUCAUCGGUGUUGCAGCAUUUGUUAUUUCUGCAAUUCUAAUUUAUUUGAUAUCUGCCUUUACUAUGAAAGAGAAAACUUUUGAGGAGGUUCUUGAGGAACAGCGUAGAAGACAGGAAGAGGAGAGAGAAAAACAGAAGAGUGAGAAAAAAGCUGAGAAGGAACAUAAGAAAAAAUACCGUAAAGGCAAAGAAAAAACAAAAGAAAAGCCUGACAAGCCAGCACCAGUGCAAGAAACUGAUGUACAAAGAGAUCACAAAAUGGUCAAUCUUGAAAUUGAUCCUGAAAUUAUUGAACCAGUUGAAACUGUAGCGCUGAAUACCAAAAAGUCAAAAAACAAAAAGUCAAAAUCCAUUCUGGUGAACAAGGAAGAAAAGCCACUUGUGACUGAUGGCAAGCAGACCAAGGAACUGUAUCACAAGGACAUGGCACCUAAGGAUGAGGUGGAGCUCCACCAUGAGCAACGAGGGAAAGAUAAACAGCACCCAGAGCAGCAGAGCAAGGCGAGCAAGAAGCAAGAGAAAGCACGUGAGGCUGAGCGUUUGGAGAAGGAACGCAUCAUUCAUGUGGAGAAACGUACCGAGACCAUGGUUGAGAUACAGCACACAAGAGCUGUAAUGGCUGAAUCUGAGGUCAAGUCUGCUCGAGCAAAAGGAGGUGUUCUUGCUGCAGAUGGCUCUCCUCUGAAUGGUUCCAAAUUGAUUGCAUCUGUUAAAUCGGCCAACCUGAAGGAUUCUGAAAUUCAAACCCUGAUCGAGAUUCUCCUCAACCGACAAGGCAUCUCUACAUCAGGAGCUGGAGCUGCCUCGGCCACAGAAUGGAACAAGAAAAGCCAAAAGGGAGACCCCACAUCUCUGUUGAGGAAACAGCUGGAGGAGAAGGAGAGGGCCCUGCAGGAAGAGCAAACCAUAGCGAUGUCUGCCAGCAGCCGUGUCAAGGAGUUGAGACAAGACUUAUCAUCAGAGAAGGCCAAGUUUGCCACACUGGAAAAACGCUACCAAGAAAAGCUAAGUCUUCAGGAGCGUGAGAUUGAGUCUCUGCAUGCACGCAUGCAGAACACCCACCAGCAACACAUGAGGGACUCGGAGGCCUUGCAGUCGAAAGUGGCACAGCUUGAGACAGCUGGCGACAGAAACGUCAUUCAAAAACUGCAGGAGGAAAAGAAGAUCUUAAGUGAGACACUGGCCAAAACAGCGAGCGAGAAGACUAUUUCCCCGGCAGAGGUCAACAACCUCAAACAAAAGGUGCAGAUCAUGGAGAAGGAAUUGUCUAGCAACGCCAUCAAGCUGAACGCCUCAGAGAAUGCCAAGAAGUCACUGGAACAGAAACUUGCCAAGUUUGAGGAUCAGCUGAAGAAACAUGAUGCAGGACAGAAGGACUCUGACGUCCAGAUGACUCGCAGGAUGGAGGAAGUAAGCCAGGAGCUGCGUCGUGCCGAGGCCCGCAACGAUACACUUGUUAAUGACAAGAAGAAGGCUAAUGGAGAGCUUACCAAGGCAAAUGACGCUCUGAAUAACGCCCAGCAGGAAGUGAGCACACUCAAGUCAAAACUGCAGGAGUUAGAAAAACAUCUAUCAGCCAGUGAUAACCAAAAGGAACUUGAGACAAAAUUACAGGAAUCAGAGAGAAAGAAAUUGGAUUUAGAAGGAAAUAUUAAAAAUUUGGAAAAACAGCUUUUUGUCAUACAGAAGCAGCGAGCAGAGCUUGAAUCAGACAUGAAGUCGCUGCAGCAGGAGAACUAUGCCUUGGCGGAGGAGAUGAAGACCACCAAGGAGAGGCAGGCAGGGGAGGGACAGGAGGCCCCAACAGCGCCGGCCGGAGCUCCCAACGGGGAUGUCCAUGAGAAGGCAGAUGGGAAGCAAAUUGAAAUCAGGGAGCAUGAAAAAAUACUUGGAGAGAAAUUGGCAGAAAUUGGCAGACUGACCACAGACAUUCAGUCGCAGAAACAACAGGUGUCAUCAUUACAGGAGCAGCUGGAUGCUCAGAAGAAGAAAAAUAACGAAUUACGGGAAAAGAACUGGAAAGCAAUGGAGGCGUUAGAAAAAGCUGAAAAAUCAGCCUCAGUUAAAGUUGAUAGUGCUGUCAAAUCCUCUAGGGAUGAGAAGAGUCAGGCGCAGGUGUCUGAAAUAGAGGCUCUGGAUAAAGGAGUCUUACAAAGGAUCUUCCCAGACAUCGCUGUAAAUGCCAAGCUGGUUCAUAAUGACUGGAUGGGUCAGUUUGAGAGGGAAGCAUCAACAUACAUCACAAACAUCUCCUCCAAGUCCUCAGAAAGUGCCGCCCAGGACUCCAGGGUCCAAGAACUUGUGUCCUCAAAUGCAAAGUUACAGUCACAAGUGUCAGAGUACAAGCAGCUGGUUACAGAUGCUGAGACCAAACUGCAGCAGCUGGAGAAGAGUGUGGAAUCCGAGGAGAAGAGGUGGAAGAAGGAGCUUCAAGAAGCACAGUCAAACCUCAAAACAAGUACAAGCCGAGUUAGUGAAUUAGAGCAGAUAAUGACAAAGUACAAGUCGGAGGUUACAGUCAUCAAGAAAUCCCUAGCUGAGACAGAGAAGCGUUUGGGUGAGGCAGAGUCAAACAGUCAGCUGGUUAACGAGAGUCGGGCAGAAUCUACUGCAGUUGAAGAAAAGUGCCGUCAGUUCCAGGAACGUGUUGGCCAACUGGAGGAGAGCAACUCACAGUACGAGAAGCAGGUGCAGGAGUACCGGAAUGUCCUCGCUCUCACGGAGGACAAGCUGAGCCAGCUGGAGCAGCAGGCCAAGUCCGAGGAGUCCAGGUGGCAGGACAAGAUCACCAGGACAGAGACAGAUCUUCAGCAGUCCAAAAAAGACGUGGAGUGUUUACAAGAGCAGGUGAAGAAGUUUCGAGGAAGUACUGAGGAUCUCUCUGAUUUGUCUUUCGCAUACGGCAUCGUAGAGAAAAGUCUGCCUCGUAUUAUUGAAGAGAUGGAGGUGAAGGUCGAGUCUCUGGAGAGCCAGUUGAAGGCCUCUGAAGAGAGGUGUUUGAUGCUGCAGAAAGAGACUGAGGAGGCACAAACCAAAGUUGUUACAGUCCAAAGUCAGCUAGAAAUUACAAAGCAUUCUUCUGAUGAUUUAGAAGCCCUUAGGCGGCGGAUCGCGGAGCUUGAAAAUUUUGUGGAGGCAGAGAAGAAGAAAACAAAAGAACUGUCCAUGAAUGUUGUGAAGCUCAAUGGCAUCAUCAAGACCGGUCAGGAUGCUCUCAGGCAGGAACAGGGAACCGUAGAGAAACUCACAGACCAGCUCAAUGCAGCACAGUCAGGAGGCGGAGGAUCUGGGAAGGGUGUGAAGGAGUUGAGGGCCAAACUGGCUGAUAAGGAAAAACACCUUGAACGUGAAAUAUUGACAAACAAGCAACUUAGUCAACAACUGGCACAAUUAGGUGUUCUGGCUUACCACCCAAAGGCUGCUUCUCCGGGGAAUGAUGCGGGCACCUCAGUUUAACACCUGCUUUCUACUGGUUUCAUUCUGCCAUGACGUACAUCAUCAUCUGGCGAUGCCCUAGCCAGACUUUGUCACAUGACUAACUGCGCCAUCUACCAGAUGGAUGAUCUUAGUGUCACCCAUGGAUGACGUCUUCUCUUCAGCUCAGUCAUAUCAUUAUCAUUUUAAAUAUACAUGUACAAUAGUUAUAAGUGUUUGUAUGACAGCAGUGAUUUUUACCAUUGCUUGCUUUUCUCACUGGUGAAUGUUCAUUGUCUUCCUUGUCAAAGGUCACUACAAUGUAGGUCAUGGUCAGUUUAAAAACGUUUGAUCAAACAUAUCACAUAUCUUAGAAAUUAGUGACAUUUUCUUGGUUUGGUUUAAUAAAUAAUAUAUGAUUUCUGUUACUUAAAGCAACAUAUGUUAAAUGAAAUGAUGUUUCAAAAUAAAAGAACUAAUUUGACCUUGACCUUGACCUUUAGACAUUGGCUGCCAUGUCGUUAUUGCAAGCCAUGUUUCUUUCUGUCAGGUAGCCUUGCAUCGUUGCUGUAGUUGGGGAUGGGAACUUUCUUUAAUUAAAAAGUGACAUGGUAUUUUAUGAGUGCAGGUCAUAGCCUGGUAGAGACGACAAUGCUGUCAGGAAAAUUAUGUUUCAAAUCAGUAUAUUUUCAUAUGUGUAGCAAAACUGAAACAGACUUACACUCCUACUUUGUCUCACUUCACAGUCAUAAUAUUGUUAAGAUGAGCGACCUGUUGAAUUCAACAUGAAUGUAUUCACAAGCAUUUAGUAAGGCAUUUAAUGAAAUAAUGAAACUUGCCAGAAUGCUGAAACUUACCUGGUUUGUAUUAUUGGCAGAUUAUGGUGGAAAUUAUAUGAGCAUUGUGUUAUGAUUAGUAAUGAAUGUUUUGUUGUUGACAUCAGUGUCAAUGUUUAUGCUUUGUCCUUAAAAGGGAUCCUGUGAGGUAAUGCACCAAGGCAAACUCUUAGACGAUGGAAUUUAAUAUUACAGAAAUACAUGGAAUUGAUUAUUGAAGAAUUUUCUAGUGCGCUUGUACAAUGUAUUAAUUUGACCAAUUUGCACUGACAUGGUGUUGUAAAUGUCUUGGCUGUACAGCCUGUGUUUGUCAAGCCUUUGGAUACUGCAUAAUUGCUGGUUGUACUUGUCACAUUGCACAAGCCAGGGAGCGCCCGUUAGGCUGUCUUGCUGUUGUCAGCCAAUGCUGUUUGUCAUUGUUGAGAUCUUAUUUUCAAUAUUUAAUUUGUUCAUGUUUAAACAUCUUUUUCCUUGUUUACUCUCCAGUUGUCAUGUUGUUACUUUGUGAGGAUAUGUUGAAUAUGCAAUAUAGAUGGGUCCACUCAUUGUUAAAGAUUGUUUUUCUGUGAAUAUGUUUGCUUAUUUACUUGCCCUCCUUGGAAAAUUUGAAAGUGUAUUUUUUCAUGGGGCAAUAGCAGGUGAUUGUAAAUUAACAUUUGAUACUUAAAUGUCGAAAUUGUUAAUCUUAGAAAUCUGAAAAUAAGUCUGACCUUAUUUUUGCAGCCUUGACCAAAUUUUGUUUUGUGGAUUAGCAGUUUAUCCCCAUUUGGAUUUCCUUACUAGAAUAAUAUUAUUCCGAGAGAUGGUACACCCUGUUGCUGUUGCCUAUGUGUCCAGUGUACAGAAUCAACUUUGUACAGUAAAUGCACUUUGAUUAUUUACAGUGAUAUAUUAUUAUGAUAUUUCUGCAUUGUAGGAGCUGUGUGAGCAAGGUGGUAGGGGAAGGGUAUAUAGUAUGAACAGGAGAGGACAAUGCUUAUUGAUAGCAACAGGUGAAGGGAGGGCUUAGUAUUUUGUUCAUGACCAGCAACACCUUAUUCUAUAUAUUUAAGACUAUACCAUAUCAAAUGUCAUAAAAAAUUGUCGUUGAAAUUACACUAUGGCAUAUUAAUUGCUUUUACUUAUAAGUAUUCAAAUUUAUAUACUUGAUUAGCAAGAACUGUAAAGUAGGUACAUGUAAUACCAGUAGCAGUGACACACAGAGCACGUACCAGAGCUCAUUAACAGACCGUAUACUUCACAGUGCCUUUCAGCUGAUUAUUUACUCUUGCAUGUAUCCACCUAGCGCAGCUUCUUACGUCCAGGGCCCUGUUGUUCCACAAAGCCAUCGUAGUGCUGUGACUGUCCUAAGUCUAUGUUAGUAUAGGAGUUACGAUCACCUUAGCGCUACGAUCGCUUUGUGGAAUGGACCAUACCAUGUACUAUGUGCCAAUUGUAGCUGAGGCGGGUACUCGCCCUGUACAUUCAACCAUAAGGUAACACUAUUUAAAUUCUGUUGUGCUAGAUUUGGCCUGUCUUUCCUUGGUAGCCAUUGUAGUGUUGAUCUGCAGAGCCGGUUAUCCUUUCUGCCAGAGAUGGCAAACAGAAUUGUUACUAGUCACAUAUUGUAUUGUUUCUGAUUAUCAUUUGUAAUAUAGAAUAUCAUUUAUUGUAAGAAACCAAUGCAGUUAACUGCUUGCCAUGUAUCAAUAGGAUAGAUGACAUUAAUCACUGAAUAAUUUACCAAUGAGAUUUUAUGUUGAUUUAUUGUAAUUAAGCAUGUUAAGCAUGUAUUGGUCCAUAGGUAGACUGUUCAGUAAAUAUCGGACCAGGUAACAUGUUUCUGGUAAUAGGCCACCGCCCCAGCAUCACCAUCCACACCGGGGGAUGUUGCCAUGUUACUGCUGUGUCACAAGCAAUGACGAGGGAGCCAGAUGUGGUUCAGGGUGCCAUCCUUGUUUUGUUGUACACGAAUGGCUGGCAAGUCUGCCUCCUGGUUGUGGUGACUGGGACAGGCCACAUGCUUCAUUCACACUCGGUGGGGGGCCUGCAGACUGGGCUGUAUGGAGGCCCCUUUGUCCAGUUUGUAUGGAAUCUCUAGUGAUUGUUCACUGUGUGACUCAUGUCCAGCAUUGGUCAAGCUCAGUUAAUAAAAGUUAUGUCUCACAA